AUGGACUGGCUCUCCCUGCAGCAACCCGCCGACAUCAUCGCCAUUGAGUGGGCGCUAACUGCUCUUUCCUGCCCUCACACGCUCACACAGCCGUGCUGCUAUGCCAUGUCCGCUCUCCUCCCCACUUGGCCCCCCUCACAACUGCCUCUCCCCUCCCUACCGCACCCAGCAGAUAUCAUCGCCAUCAAGUGGGUGGGUGCUUGCUACCAUACCACCACCCUUACUGCUCGCAUCACCCCUCACGGGGUUGUGCUGUGCUGUGUCAUGCGUGUGGCCGGGGCUCACCCAUUUUUUGCGCCCACAUGCCGUCCUGCUGAGCGUGGUAGGCAGAGUGCUGGGGAUGAAAUGAAAGCACUCAGACAGGAGUCUCUUACUCAUUGCAUCUUCCUUCGCGCUCAUGUCUCCUCCCUCCCUUACCACAGCUUCCAGGAAAUAGUCCCUUUGAGCACGGGCAGUGUGUUGGGGAUGGACUCAGAGGAGGCGGUGGGGCAAUGGGAGGCCCUCGUGCGUCGCCAGCUCAACACCGCCGCUGCCAAGGCUGCCAAGAAGGCUGAUGCCAAGGCUGCUGGCAGUGCUGCAACCAGAGACUCUAGCAAGGCUGCUGAACCCGUAGAGGGAUUGGUUGAUGGGGCAGAGCAGGCAGUAACAGAGGGGGGUAGCAGGGCUGGUGAUGAUGAGACAAGCAGUGUGAGCAGUAGCAGUGGUGUGGCUGGGAAGGCCACGCCCCCCCCGUCUCUGACCAGCAGCAGCAGCCUCUCCUUCCACACUAGCAGCUUCCGCCUCCCCUCCUCCGCUUCUGACGCCUCCAAAGGGUCACUUGAUGAUAGUGCUACUGCUACUGCUGCCUCCAUGAGUCCAGCUGAUUCUAGCGCCGCUGCUCCUGCUACAGCUGAGUGGGAGGGGGAUGCUCUGCAGCAGGGGGAACAUGCAGAUAAGGCACCCCUGGAUAAGAUCUCGCCCGAGGAUCUGAUCAGCGUGCCGCUCACUCCUGCUGAGCCCAGCUUUGCAGAUGGUGGAUAUGGUGGGGAGGGGAGGGGGGAUGUGCAGGCGAGUGAGGGAGGGGUGGUAGGGAAGGUUGGGGAAGGGGAAGGUGGAAGGGAGGAUGCAGCAAAGGGAGGGGAAGAGGAGGGGAGGGUAGGGGAGAUCGAGGAGGAGUGGGAGGGAGCGGAGGUGGAGGAGGCAUAUGUGAAGGUGGCGGGGAGGCAGAUGGUGGGGGUGUAUCUGAUGGUGUGGGCACGGAAGGGACUGAGGAGGCACAUUCAUAGCGUCAAGGCCAGCACUGUGGGCUGUGGGCUCAUGGGCAUUCUUGGCAACAAGGGAGAGAACGAGGGAGGGGAAGCGGUUUGGGAGGAGGGAGGGGAAAGGGAAGGAGAAUUGAGAGGGGAAGGGGAAAACGGGAAGCCCCACACUCCCUCUUUUGCUCCCACUUCCUUGCCCCCCACUCCCUCUUCUCUUCCCUCUUCCCAGCCUGACCUCACGUCCCGCGUGCCGUAUCACGCCCCCCCUCCCUCACAUGGCUCGUUGCCGCUCUUUGCGCCUAACCCGCUCCCUCCCCCCUCCCCUCCCCUCCCUCACCGCGGCGCUUUCCGCCGACGAGGGCGGACGCGACCACCGCGGCGCUCCCCGUCUCCGCCGACGAGGGCGGACGCGACCACCGCGGCGCUCCCCGUCGACGCCGACGAGGGCGGACGCGACCACCGCGGCGCUCCCCGUCGACGCCGACGAGGGCGGACGCGACCACCGCGGCGCUCCCCGUCGACGCCGACGAGGGCGGACGCGACCACCGCGGCGCUCCCCGUCGACGCCGACGAGGGCGGACGCGACCACCGCGGCGCUCCCCGUCGACGCCGACGAGGGCGGACGCGACCACCGCGGCGCUCCCCGUCGACGCCGACGAGGGCGGACGCGACCACCGCGGCGCUCCCCGUCGACGCCGACGAGGGCGGACGCGACCACCGCGGCGCUCCCCGUCGACGCCGACGAGGGCGGACGCGACCACCGCGGCGCUCCCCGUCGACGCCGACGAGGGCGGACGCGACCACCGCGGCGCUCCCCGUCGACGCCGACGAGGGCGGACGCGACCACCGCGGCGCUCCCCGUCGACGCCGGUUCCCGUCGACGCCGACGGGGGCGGACGCGACCACCGCGGCGCUUCCCGUCGACGCGACCACCGCGGCGCUUCCCGUCGACGCCGGUUCCCGUCUCCGCCGACGGGGGCGGACGCGACCACCGCGGCGCUUCCCGUCGACGCCGGUUCCCGUCUCCGCCGACGGGGGCGGACGCGACCACCGCGGCGCUUCCCGUCGACGCCGGUUCCCGUCUCCGCCGACGGGGGCGGACGCGACCACCGCGGCGCUUCCCGUCCGGCUAUCUUUCCCAAUUUGA